GUGACGCGCCUCCUCCGCGUAAAAAAAACCCAAAAAGUAAACAGAGCUCGGGCUGGAAGCGAUCGAAAUUAAUGAUGAAGAAAAACUGCCUGCUAACCGCAUAACACCAGCGACUGCCCUGUUCAACUCAAACCAAACUCACAUUUUAAAAAUAAAUCUUACGAUAUUUAGCGAAACGACGAGGGAAGGAAAGAUGGAGAUGCUGUGUUUCCGUUUGCCGGGUCAUGGGGACAAGACCCUGCAACACAUGAAUUCACUGAGAUCCAGGCAGCACUUCUGUGACAUCACCAUUGUUGCCAGCAACAACCAGUCAUUCAGGGGACAUAAAGUGGUGCUCGCUGCCUGCUCGCCCUUCCUGAGGGACCAGUUCCUCCUCAACCCAUCCCCGAGGCUUCAGGUGUCAGCGCUGUACAGCUCCACUGUGGUGUGUGAUCUGCUUCUGUCGUGUUACACUGGCAUGUUGCAGUUUAACUCCGAGGAGAUUGUCAACUACCUAACUGCUGCCAGUUAUCUGCAGAUGGAACAUAUAGUGGAGCGCUGCCGAGGAGCUCUGAAGAAGUAUGUACAGCUGAAGAACCCCAAGGUGACCACAGAGGAGAGUCCGGCUCAACCAAUGAUUGUGAGCGGUAGCGUCCGCACUGUUGCAUCUCCCCCCGCCAGCCAACCCUCCGCCGUGGACCCUCAGAGUGCUGUGGAGAACAACAGUGAUAUGUCUGCUCAGGACAGCGGUCAGCACCACCAUGAAAGUCCUGUGCUUGACGAGCCGUGUAUUAAGGUUCACGCGUCAGAUGAGGACGAGUCCAGACCGGAGGAUUACGAUGUGUUUCGAGUAUACGUCUCUGAAGAGGAGCAUAUGAGCAGAGGCAGGGAGGAGGAGACUGGAGCUCCCACUGAUGGACCUCAAGAUGCUGCUUGUUACCCAGAGACUGAUGGUAUCGUGUUCGGAGGAGAAGGCGGCGAAUAUGAUGUAGAUCUCAGCACUGGUGGACUUUCGGUGGAAGGUCUGCGUGCUUUCAGACGCAGGUGGCCUGACCCUAAAAUCGGCCGGGGCAGAGGGAGUGGCAGCAAGGGGAGGGGUUUCAAAAGGAGAAGGUGGGUGUCUUCUCAGGAUAAAAGGCCUCCAGGUAUUGCUCACCACCAGGAUUUGUGGUACCUGGCAACUCCUGGAUUAGGAGGGAGUCUCGGCCUGGACUACAACCAAGAUGGGCUCAAGACAGGAAGCUAUGUAUCAGUUGACCUCCCACGCCUAGACUUCAGUGUGGGUGAUGCUCAGGGAGAAAAGGUUUCACCACUGGCAGCUAACACUGUGAACCAGUAUUCCUUGGAGGAAUCCAGCUGUGGUGCAGGUGAGGGGAGUUCAGGGUUAAGCGGUGGAACAAAAGAAGGAGGCGACGAGUCUGUCGCGGUCGUUGGGUCAACUUCAAGCGUAGCGGGGCACGUCAUAUGUGAGCACUGUGGCAUGACUUUCCCCACAGCCCACGCUUUAGCAGUCCACUCCCGCACCAUGCACCUGCUGUACACCUGCCCCUGCUGUGGGAAAAACUUCCACAACUCCGUCAACUUCAACCGGCACAUGGCUGUGCACCGGGGAGGCGGCAAAACCCACCAGUGUCCACUGUGCUACAAGACUUUCACUCAAAAAUCCACACUCAUCGACCACAUGAACCUCCACAGUGGCGAGCGGCCGCACCGCUGCGCCUACUGCCAUGCCCGCUUUGCCCAUAAGCCCGCGUUACGGCGCCACCUGAAGGAGCAACACGGGAAAACCACGGGGCAAAACUCUCUUCACGAACAGGAGGAGAUAGAGAGGGCGAGAGAGGCUGCUGGAAGAAUACGAGAGGAAGAACAGGAAUGUCUGGUGACUGCACAAGUCUCAUAGGCCAAAGCAUUUAAAGACAGUAAAGGGUCUCCACUUAACCUCCUCACACUUGACAGCUUCCUGUCAGAGUGAGUGCAGCCAAGUCAGAAGGUCAGCCUGUGACUGACUCAGGCUUUAAAAGUAAUAAAGCCCUAUCACAUGAAACAUUUUAAAUAUUGCCAUUUAAAGUGGAACAGUGCAGCAUUUUAUCCUAAUUUAACAGCUUCUUGUCUGUUAGUGGAAAACCAGCCUUGCAACAUCAGGGCCACUGACCCAGAGUCCUCAGUAUCAGGAGGUCCUCGCGAAUCCUCGGGUCUCGACAGAAACACGUAUUGUUGUACGGCACUACACACUCGCACCCUAGCCAGGUACUGGAUAUAAGAGCAAGGCAGUGAUAGUGUUAUUUUCGACGCUCAUCAUGGCAGAGCCGGCGAGUUCUAGCACGUGAGUGAUGUUUGUGGAUAAAAUGAAUGCUCUCACAGCAAACCUGUCAAAAAAAGGAAGGUACCGGUCGAGUAAUGAUGGCUCUGAUUCCGGCAUAAACAAUAAUAAGAAUAAUAAUAGCUUUCAGAAAUGAUCUGAUUAUUUCUUCCUGUUGUUUUCUUACAGUGACGUCUCAAAAUAUACUGAGCACUGUGAAAAAAAUGUAUGUCUAUGGAGUAGAUUCUAUUAAACCGUAUGUGCUAACUGUUCAGUACGAUCACUGAACGCCGUUCAAAGAUCAGUGAGUGUAAAUAAAAGAAAAAUUUACCCUCUGAAGACAAAUGAACAAAACUGUAUUAAAAAAAACAAGAAAUCAUCGGAUUUGAACAGACUUGUGAUGUGAAUGCAGGAACAUUCAUCUGGAUCUGAUGUCAUUUAAAUGUAACAUGGUUCAGUUCCAUUGGAAGUUCUUGUGUGUUUAUCUCAGCGAAGUCUUAACAGAUCAGGAUGAAUUUUGUCAUGUGUAUGUAAGACGGUAUUAUUUAGGAGGUAAAGUUCUAUACAGAUCUGGAUCCAGUGUAGUUUGGUCAGCUGACCUGAUUUUGGGGGCAGAUAACAUUGAUCAGACCAUAAUAACUACAGGUCAACUGAUGUUUUUUUUUUCUAUGGCCGAUGCUGAUGUAGAUUUUUAAAUAUCAUUGCAGAAUGUGCAAAACAAAGAUGUAAUUGUUUUAAAAUAAACAAUACAAAACAUGAAA